AUGAACGUCGACUUCCUCAGGGUCCAUUUCUUGGCCCACCGCUUCAAACACCCAGAGGCGUUUUCCCAAGACGAACUCACGGCAAUUGCUUUGGAUGCACUUCAGAUCAUGGACACUUACCAAGCGCUUCAUCCAGCGUAUGCUGGUUUCCAGGCCCAGUUGGCCAGGGCUGGAAGAGCCGAGGUGGGUAAGUUUCUGGACGAAUGGGCGAAAAGUGUCGAGUUGAAUGCUCCGAAAUCUUCGUAUUUGGUCGAGUUGGACGAUGGUGCUUCUACAGAUAAGCAGCAUGCGGUGGAUGAGUUCAAGCAAGUGUUUGCCGUGCUGAUAAUCCAGUGUGACUUUCGAAUGGUGCAGUUUUAUUUGGGCAAGCUUGAUAAUAUCGCCCAGUUUCCUGCUCAGGUAACGAGCCACCAGGCGUUUGCUGAGAAUAGGUACUAUGAGCAUCUCUUUUACCAGCUCGUGGCGUUGAUAUUUGGCCGUGUGUGGUUUGAAGAGGCGAAUACGCCGAAAAAGGAGAACGAAGAAACUUUUGAGGGACCUACGGGGCCUCGGAAUAUUGCUUCGAUUGAGAAACGGAACCAUAAUUACCAUACUCGGUGCUCGUUCUUGUUCAAGGCGCUAGACGAGAAGCCAGAAGCUGUAAGGAACCAGGUGGAGCCUGAAAUCCAGUAUCAUUUGCUAUUACAAUGGCUUAGUGCGUUGGUGAAGUUCACUCAAGGAAAGCUACAGGCGUUUAUUGAAGAGUUUGAUCGUCUUUAUGAGCAUAUUCAGGUACUAGAAAGCCUUGGGCUUGUUUCUGAAGUGUUGGUCAUGUACGCUGUGGCCUCUAUUGCUACUAGACCAUUCAACCAGCUUAAUAUGAACCUGAACGAAGCUCUCGUUGACUCUUAUACUUCAGAUCUUGGGUCUUUGGAGGAAGGUAUAUUCGAAGUGCUCACGCUUUUGUCGAAUGGCGAGUUCCAUGCAGCCAAAUCAGCUCUAGCUAAUCCACAAGCACUGCAAAAGCUAUUUGCUUCUUUAGGAUUUGCAUUGCCUGACGAAAAAGCUGUCUUUUUUGAACGCCUCACAAGACUUAUAGAUCAAAAAGCUUUCCUCUUGAUACUAUCGCUCACAAAGAGGAUCCUGCGAGAGAAGUUGCUAGGAUUAUUGGGCUACUUUCCAAGAGAUUCAGCAACCUACGAUGAAGUGUCCAAUAAAUUGCUUCUCUUAAUCUCUGUGUUAAACUUGGGGGAAUCUAAAGUUGUCUAUGAAUCUGCAUCCGACCUGUUCUGUUACAAACCGUCGCUAGAGUCGGAAAGGCACGACGAUUUACAAAGCAGUGUCGAAGAAUUAACGCACGAUGUACGUGCUGAGGCGUCUGCAAGUAUGCUCAAGUCCUUGCUUAUGAAAAAACACUUUGACGCAUGA